CACUGACCUCCUGCCUCUCUCGCCCUGGGACACACCUGCACCCCCACUCUCUACCUCCUGCCCCCCCCCCCCUCUCUUGCCUCGCCUCGCUUCUCCUCGUCCCUGGACCAUUGCCCCAGUCUCUUGAGGCCCAUUGGCGCCGCCUCUUUGUUUCGCUCUCCUUGUCGCCCUCCCUGAACAUCUGAAGGUGCAUACUCUGCCCGUCGGGAGCUCUGCCUCUUGUGCCCAGCAUGCAUAACGCCCAGUUUUUCAAGGGGACCUCCAUCAGUCAGGAUCCCCGCUUCAGUGGCAGCAGCGAGAAGAAGCUUCUGAAGCAGCUUAAGUUUGACAAGAUCCUGGACAACAAGCUGGACAUCUCUUCCAUCAACAUCCGAGCCUACCAGAAGCCAAUCAUUGCUCUGGUAGACAAGGCUCUUGAUGACCUGAACGACGAGGUAACCUGCAAUUAUGUGAUCGAGUACCUGGCCAACCAUGACGGCCCAGUGGAUGGGAAACUCAUGCAGAUCUCGAUGAUGCCCUUCUUCGACUCCAACACCUCGACCUUUAUGCGGUCGCUGUGGGAGCUGCUCACCGAAGCGAUUGAUCGGUCCAAACGGGGUCUCCCACACCCGCAAGCCGGGCGACCGGCUGUCCAGGCUACUGGCGAGCAGAUCCACCGGGCGCAACACCUACGUGAUCGGGUUUUCGAUGAAGAGCGCCACUCGCGCGGCGGCCAUACCCAGCAUGGCGGUCGGCCGGACUUCCGCGGCGAGCGGCCAUCCUAUGGGGGGGAUCGUGGUCACGGCCGGCGCGACCAUCGUCGCGGUGGCCGCCAACCGGACCGCUACGAUCGCAAUGAUCGCAAUGAUCGCUACGACCGCUACGACCGCUACGACCGUUAUGA